UGCUUUCCUCUUCUAAUGGUCCUACAAUGCUGACCGCCGGCUGGAGAACGGAGAAGGGAGAGGAUGCUUCAAAUUAGGCUGAGAAAGGAGUCGCCGGGGGACAGCGGAGGAGGUGCGGCGAAACCUCCAGCGCCGGCGGAGACGGUGACGGUGGCGUGCCCCGACCACCUCGUCAUCGCCAACCUCCCCGUCGCCAAGGGUAUCGGUGCCGUCACCGCCUCCGCCGUCGCUGCCACCCGCUCCGUCGGCCACCGCUCGCGCCGCCAUCUCGGCGAGAGGGUCCACUUCUGCGUCCGCUGCGACUUCCCCAUCGCUAUUUACGGCCGCCUCUUCCCUUGUGAGCAUGCCUUCUGUUUGACAUGUGCAAGGAGUGAUUCAAGCUGCUAUAUUUGUGAUGAGCGUAUCCAGAAGAUUCAAAGCAUCAAAAUGAUGGAAGGAAUCUUCACAUGUGCUGCUGCUCACUGUCUUAAGUCAUUCCUCAAGAGAACUGAAUUUGAAUCUCAUAUCCAUGAAAUCCAUGCUGACCUUCUUCAGCCCAAAGUAAACAAGGAAGGAGGCAAUGAGACUUCUGAAGCUUUCAACAUGGCAGGUGAGUCUUCUGCUGAUCCUCAGAAAGUAUCCUUGCUGCCGGAGUCUUCCUCUGCCAAUGCUCCACUGAGGCCAGACUUUUCACCAAAUUCAAGUUCCCAGCUUGAGGAUCAUGAAGAAAGAACUCGGCGCCACCCACCCCCAAGGCCACCACUGCAGCCAAACCCUGCCCCAUUUCACAGCUGGCAACAGCACCAGCCAAAUGACAUGCAGGCAGAAAACAAUCACCCUCAGAGCUCUGAUAGGCUCUCCAACUGGUACCAUCACCCUGAGAACUUUGGGAGCCAGACUGUUGGUCCUCAAUACCAGCGAGGUUCUGACCAGUUUCCUCCAGACAAACAAGCAGUAGUACCCCUUGAAACAUCACUCUCCAAUCACCCACCUCUGCCUCAGCACCUGGCAAAUUAUCCAAUGCCCAUGAAUGCCAACCAAGCCCCAGGGCAAAGACAGUCAAUUAGCUAUCCUUCGCUUCCAACAGAGAUAGCUCAGCCAUACUACAAUGCUCCUUAUGAGGUGCAGCGGCUGGAGAGUGGAUCAGAACAAGGGUCAGUCUUAGGGGUUCUACCAGUCCCGACAGGGACAAUAAGCUUUCCAGACAAUUGUCCUCCCCCGUGGAGCAUGGGUCUUACAGGUAUGCCUUUUCAACAUCUGCCAGUCAAUAAGGGAGUACCUGAAGGCUUUACAAACCCUACAGAUCCUCAGGGAGGAGUCCCAUUAUACCAACCCGGUGAUUUUGGUCCAUUGCUAGGUUUGCCACUGUACCCACCUCUUCCCAGUAAAGAAGCGCAGCUGCAAGGAGGUUAUGCUGAUCACAGUGAUGGAAAGGGAGUUUCGGUGCCACUGCACGCAAUGUCUCUUCCGCCACCACCCCCACUGGGCCCACAUCCAUCACAACAACCUGCUAAUAGACCCAAGUUCUCCAGUCCUAAUGAUUCUAGCCGAGAUGGUCGAGGCUAUAAAUAGCAGAACAAUAAACGUGGAUUUGGAAAUGGCCAAGGCUUGUGUGUGCUGUCAUCUAAUACAUGUUGUCCUUGAGGACUUCCAUUUUGCUCACAUGUUAGCACUUUAUUUAUGCUCGGUUAAGUGCUCUGGUCUAUAUUUUGUCUCU